GGAAAGCGCGUGGUACGUAGAAGGCGUUACAGAUUGUAGCAUGAUUUGUAAAAACCAACUUUGGUUAUGAUUCGACGUAUUAUCGAUUCAGUGUCUUUACUUGUUGAUCCGGAACCUCAAAAUAAUAUGGAAUUAUUGAUCAAUAAAGAUUACAGUGUAAACACUUCUAUGGGCAAUGACUCCGAUAAUGUUAACGCUGUUUCUAAUGAUUUAUCAAAUAUGAGUUCUUCAUUCACUGGGCGAUUAAAUUCAUACUUAUCCAAUGAUUGCAUUGAUGACUGUUCUCCUUGUACAAUCACUUUAUCAAAUUCUAAUUCUUGUUAUAUUGCUAAUGAAAAUAAUUCAUGCUGUUUAUUGAACACUUCCAAUAAUGAUGAAUCAAUGGUGACUUUGCCUACUCGUUCUGUACGAAACCAAUCACAAUCACCUGAUAUGGUUGAUUUAAGCUCAAUUCCUUUUCGUUCACUUCCAGGAGGACCAAGUUUACAACAUCCAAGAGAUAGAGUUAAAUUGAAUACACGAAAAAAAGAAUUACAUAAAUGUCAAAAUAAUAUCAAAUCUUGUUUAACUGCUCCAGCUUCUCGUAAAAUUGAACAAAACAAUGAUGAUUUCGAAACAGGUGGAUGUUUUUCUCAAGCAGAUCCUCUAGUAAUGGAACUUGAAUGUUAUAUUUUACCAUUCUAUCGAAAUUUAACAGAAUGUGAAUUAAAACUACCUACUAAAUUUGCAACAAAGAUUUAUCGCAGUAUAUUAAAACAACUUGCAGCUGAAUAUGAACUUUUAAUUUUAUCUAUUGGAAAAGAUCGUUUACAUGAUGAAUGUUUAGUUGUUCGUAAACGUGGUACUUUACAACAAAAACAAGAAUUAGAAUUAGAAGAAUUAAUGAAAGAAAAGCAACGUCAAAAACAAUUAAAAGAAAAAGAAGAAAUCAAAGAAAUAACAGAAAAGAAAGAAGACAUUAAAAUUGAAAAACUACAAACUAAUAAUGGAACUUUGAACAAACAUCAAGAAAUAUCUUGUCAAGCUAGUUUUGAUGAACAAGGUCGUGAAAUUGGUCGAAAACGUGCUCGACGUAUACGUAAAGAAAGAGAACGAAAAAAGAAACAAGUUGAACAAAAUAAAAAAAUCAUUCAAAAAAUUGAUUGUUCAAUUCAAACUAUACCAGAAGAUUAUUGGCUAUGUCCUUGGUGUAAUGAUCAUAUUCCACCAAUUAGUCAAUGUGGACAUGAAGCAAUUUGUCGUGCAGGUGUUCAACAAAAACUUAAAGAAGCUGAAUUAAAAACUCGUCUAAAACAACAUCAAUUACGCAUGGAAGCUAAAAAACGUCAACGAUUAGGUUUGCCACCAUUGAAAACUGAACACCACCACCAACAACAGCAACACCAUAAUAAUAAGAAUGAAUUCAUGCCUAAUUCACGUAGUCAAAGUCGUAAUCGUGAUAUAAAAACCGAUAAAACAAAUUUAAUUAAACAAGAAAAAAAGUCCACCACCAUCCCACCUCACAUCAAUAAUCCUACAAUCAAAUCUAAAACUGCAUUAACUAAACUUAAUCAAUUACAUCCUAAUGAUGUAGACGGAAUGAUUAAACUUAUGCAACGUUUAUGCACUGAAUCUAAAUGUCAAUUAUUAGCUAAUAGUGAUAAUUUAUCAUUAUCCAAUAGUAAAUGUUUUCAAUGUAAACGUGCUUAUUGUUUUAUACAUCGUCCAAUUGGUAAACAUACUGCUUGUCCAUCAUCAUCAUCAUCAUCGAUCAAUGAGGAAGGUGGUGCUGGUACUGGCGGUGAUGGUGUUAGUGUUACAUCGACAGCUUGUGGUUGGGAUUUAGAUGAGAAAAAAGAAGCAUUGAAAUUAGCUUUACGUGAACGUAAAGCAAAACUAAGAGAAUUACGUGAACGAUGCUAAAAUUCAACUAUUCAUUUAUUAAAGGCUGUGAUUGAGACAAGUAGUGGAACUUUAUUUUAUGAUAUUAAUAUAUAUAUAUAUAUAUAUUUUCUUAUUAGACAUCUUUGUAUUAAUACUUUAUAAAUAUUUUUUUUUUUAAAUGAACCAACCUUGUUUAAUGCGCAUUGAUUUUUUUUAAUAAUAAUUUUUUUGUAAUUUCUUGUGAUUUUUAGUAAUAAAUACAAUUAUCUUUGUUUUUUGUUUUUUUUGGCAAAUUGUAUUUUGUUUUUUUAAUGUUUAAUGAGGAUUCGUCAGCACCUCUACCUUUGUCUUUUUAACCCUAUAUCUCAUUGAAUUAUACUUCUUGAAUAAUAUCUUCAAACGCCCUAGUCUUCUUCAUUACCAUUAAUAUCUCUACUA